AUGACAAUAUUGCAAUCUAAAAGAUUAACUCCUUUUGGAAAGUAUAGGGUUUUCAACUACUUUAAACGAAUUGAAUUUCAACAUCGUGGCAGCCCACAUGCACAUAUUUUACUAUGGCUUGAAGAAGCUCCCAAAGAUAUUCUUGGAGAGGAAAAAGAACAAGCAAUAGAAAUGAUCGACAGUUUAGUAUCAGUAUCCGCAUCAGAGGCAUCUGGGAAUAUCAAAUCAGAGGCAUCUGGAAACGCAUAA